GCAUCCGCUUCAUUACUAUUCUCGAGCCUACGACUCAAUACGGCAGCAACUGCAGUUAGAAUUGGCAGAGGAUUCACGAUCUCCAAACUCGCUCGGCAAGUUAUGACUGAGGUUUCAGACGGUAUCUUAGACGCGUUUCCUGUCGUGGUAUAAAAGCAUAGUACACGACCCAGAAAUUGGCGCGACCCCAUGUUAUCAUUGACCUGCUUUAUUGUACACAUUGGGAUAUUGCAUGAGAUUGACAUGGGACAAUGCGUGAUGUUAUCACCAGAUGUAAUUAGAGGACAAGUGUGACGAUCCAACUGGAAUUGGUGGACAUGGUUACCAUCAUCGUGAUUGGUGCUGGAGUGGUGGGGCUAUCGUCAGCGGUCUCUAUCCAACGGGCACUGCCGGGGGUCAAGGUUAAGGUCGUGGCUGACAGGUUCCAUGACGAAACAACAAGCAUUGGAGCUGGAGGAAUCUUCGUUCCUACAACAACAAACGUCCCCGGAGUACCUAUUGAAAUUCUAAAGCGAUGGUGUGAGACGUCGUGGAGCGCCUACUCUCAGAUGGCCACUUCUGACCUAGCGAGCACCACUGGUCAAACAGUAUCGCAUGGGUAUUUACUCCUCAGAACAAAGAUGACAGAGGCACCCUUGUAUGCCAGUAUGGUGUACUCUUUCCGGGAAAUGUGGCCAGAGGAACUUACUCGACUUGGAGUCUACGAAAACUUCAGAUUCGGAUAUGAGAUAACGACAAUCAUAACAAAUAUGAGGAAAUACCUGACCUGGCUGAUGACUCAAUUCACAAAAAAUGGUGGCGAAGUAGAAAAGAGAAAAAUAGGAAGCCUCAGUGAACUGUUUGGUCAGUGCGACAUAGUGGUCAACUGUUCUGGUCUGGGUAGUCAAGAGCUAUGUGGAGACAAGCUCCUUCACCCAGUUCGAGGACAGCUGAUCAAGGUGAAGGCACCUUGGGUAAGGGAUUGGGUCUACACCGACGCAAUGGCACAGAUAUUUCCAAGUGACGAUUUUACCGUGAUCGGAGGGGUGAAGGAUAAGGACAAUAGGUCGAUGACGCCGGAUCCGUCCGUCAGACAAGGGAUUCUGGACAGGUGCCUCCGUUUUUGGCCUGCAUUAAAGGGCGCGGAGAUUAUAGGAGACUGGGUAGGCCUGAGACCCAUGAGAGUACCAGUCAGGCUCGAAAAGGAGGCCCUCCGUUUACCGGAAGGAAUUCUAAAUGUAGUACAUAACUAUGGUCAUGGUUCCAACGGCGUUGCUUUAAGCUGGGGAACCGCUGUGGAGGCGACUGAAAUGGUUAAAGAUCUUGUUUCCAAAAUACCACCAUCGAAACUCUGAUAUCAUGUUUACAUUGGAAUAAGGUUAAUUCUACCAUGUUUGCUAUGCAACGCCAAUUUUGAUUGGUUUAAAACCAUGUAUUAUUUUCCAAUAAUACACGCUUGUGAGUCACGGCUGUUACAAUUUUAUGUAUCUAAUAUUCACCCAUCGCUAAUACGGUUAAUUUGUAAUGGGUUUGUCCUCUCAACUUUUUAUCACGACGCGAGUUCGAAACCUAUGAAGA